AGGUGUUUCCUGGUUAAUGAUCACUAGGAUAGCUAGGCGGGCGAGACGAGCAAGUAUCUGUUCCAAGACACAAAACCUGGUAUCUGAUAGACGAUGAAGACUGUAUUCCUGUUGGCAGUGAUCUGCGUAUGGGCGAUCACAUCAUGUGAAGGCGGAAGGUGGAAUUGGUGGUCAUGGCGUCGUAGAACGGUCACCUACACUAUCCGGAACGUCCUGCAGGAGCCCAUGUUUGAGAUGACGCAAACCCUCCGGCUUUACCGCAGAGAGCCCUUCCUGGCUGUCAUGGAGAGAGCUGCCACCGCCAACAGCAGUUUCAGAUUUAGUGCUGAUUACUUCAACCAUAAUCUCGGUUACUUCAUCACGACCAUAAACAAGUUGUCGGCUAACUUUGAGGAAGACAAAACCUUCUGGGAGUUUCUUAGCGCACCAGAUAUCUUUCUCCAGAAAGGCGUGAGUAACUAUUUCCCACGUUCAGGAGAGCACAUUAUCUUCAACUUCACGAUGGGCGGCCAUUCUUAAAUCCAAAUGAUCUGACUUUUGUUAUAUUGCUAUAUUUUUGUAAUAAAAGGGAACGUGUCAGAAUUUUUAAA